UCCAUAUGUAGAAUUUGUCGCAACUCACAGGACCUGAGGAAGGUUUGUGUCUGUGAACUCAAAUGCUCCCUUUUCAUACGUCUAGCCGCACAUAGCUGGUCCUACGCAUCCCCUGCUGAUUUUCGUUCAUAAAUAGGCUAUAUAUCUAUUGAGCUGCAAGGCAAGCACUAUGUCCUUAGGUGAGUCUUCUGGUUAAUAAAUACAUUCUUUGAUUUUGAAACAUUAACCUUAUGUUGUUGUUAUUUAACCUUUCUGAGGCUAUUGCAUAGCAACUUAGUAACUCUUUAUAAAAUCUUCCCUUCGUAAAGUUGAACAGCCCCCUCCACUUCAUCAUGGCCCGUAUCAUAUGUUGUGUCCACGGCGAAUUCAUAAUCUCGAGGGGAUCCCAGUAUUUUGCUCCUCAACUUGGUUAAGGGCGGGCCAUCCAAGGAGACAGUCUUCAGACUCCCAGCACUACAUCCUACCCCGAGCUUCCCCCCACACACUGAACCGGUGAUACGUGGCUCUCUGGAAAAGUGUAGCUCACCACCAGCCUAGUUCGGGGAGCAGUGGGACCACUCGAAGGCUUAAAGAGAAACGCCACGGCGGAAGCCUGCAUUCAACCGAGCUGACCUGGAUGGCAGGGACACACUGGUGCCAGGACUGCAAAACAUAUAAGGUGGUACUUGCCCCUACCAUCGUACGAAAAAAAGAUUUGCUCUCCGGAUCCUGUGUUCCCUGGUCACAUACAAAGCGAGGAACAUGGGACCCGCAGAACAUAGUGUUUCACGUGCUGUCUAAGAGCUCUCUUUGGACCUUGGAACGGAUGAAAGUCGCAGGCAGAGGAAAGCCCAGCUGGGCUCUAGCCACUGUGUUUGUUGGCGUUACCCUGAUGGUGCUGACCUCCAGGUGCGCAUCAAGCAACCAGAAGAUGUCCCAGACAGCUAUGGGCCACUCCACAGAUAGGGCUGCGGGACAAGGGAACAGCUUGAUUGAAGAGCUUCUGGGCUUCCAGGGGCUAGCUGACCUGUUUGCCAGUGAGCAGGCUGAAGUGUGGUUGUACUCCCUGGUGGGCUCUAUCGUUGUGGGCCUCAGCGGGAUCUUCCCACUACUCGUCAUACCGAUCGAAGCCGGAGCUGCCCUGAAAACCGAAGCUGGAGGGCAAAAGCUGAAGCAGCUUCUGAGCUUUGCUAUUGGUGGCCUCCUAGGUGAUGUGUUUCUCCACCUCCUUCCUGAGGCUUGGACCCUCUGUAACCAAUCAGAUGGUAGUCGCCACCACCACUACAUGGUCCAGGGACUCUGGGUCAUCGUUGGCCUACUGUCCUUCCUAAUUCUCGAGAAGAUGUUCCCCGACCAGAACAGCAACGCUGAGCCUGCUCCUACUGCUGACCUUGAUGCCACCAAUUCUGCAUUGUCUGGUUCUGUCAUCGGUGGGAAUACAGAGGGUUUGGUGAAGAACGGGAAGCUCUCAGAUUUGAUGGGCUCCUCCAAGCCACAGCAGCUCUGCACUCAGAGUGGAUCACACACCAUCAAGACCAGUGGUUACCUGAAUCUUCUGGCUAACUGCAUUGACAACUUUACCCAUGGGUUAGCAGUUGCAGGGAGUUUCAUGGUCAGCAAAAAGGUUGGCUUCCUGACCACCUUUGCCAUCCUGCUCCAUGAGAUCCCACAUGAGGUCGGGGACUUUGCCAUCCUGCUGCGGGCCGGGUUUGACCGCUGGAGCGCUGCUCGCAUGCAGCUGACUACAGCUCUGGUGGGCGUGCUCGGAGCUAGCACCGCGCUGUGCUGCCAGUCACCACAAAGCACAGACAAUGCGACUGCAUGGAUAUUGCCAUUCACAUCUGGCGGCUUCCUCUACAUAGCCUUGGUGAACGUUGUGCCUGACCUGCUCGAAGAGUCUAACGUUAGACAUUCCCUGAUGCAGGUGGGGCUUAUUUGCCUCGGGGUAGCGGUGAUGGCUCUGUUGUCCUUCAUCGUGGACUGACCCAGGGGAAGAAUAAGCUCCUCCACCAAUAAUGUCUCCAAAAACCUUUUAAACCCAGCCCUAUCUCCUCCUCAUGGCAACGGCCUUUACAGCACGUUUUACACUCACAUGAACACCACCACUGCCAAAUUUUUCGAAAAA